AUGUCGUCAUUAGAUGUGUCUUUAAGACUUACAGGUAAAGUCGGAAGAAAACGGAUUGGAGUCAACAUUAAUCAAGUCAAAGAAAUUCCACUUUGUCAUCGAACAAAUAUUCGAUCUCUGGCUUUUGCGAUGAACAUGGCAAAAUCAACCGUCUUUCGGCGUGUGAAAGAUGGAACUCUUCGGCCACAUUCUAAUUCCAUCAAGCCUCACUUAACCGAAGGAAACAAAAAGGUACGACUUCAAUAUUGCCUCUCAAUGAUUGAUCAGAAUACAAUCCACAUAAAUCCUAUGUUUAUGAAUAUGUUUAAUUAUGUUCAUAUCGACGAAAAGUGGUUUUUUUGGUCCAAAAUAGUUGAAAGGCACUACCUGCUUCCUGGAGAGCAUGAGCCAGAUCCGUAUCGUUCUUACAAAAGUAAAAAUUUUAUUCCAAAGGUUAUGUUUAUGGCUGCUGUGGCACGUCCUCGAUUUGAUGAAAAUGGAAUUGAGUUGUUUUCUGGAAAAAUAGGAACUAUGGAAACAAAGCCCAUUCAGUCAGUAACUAAAGAUAUCAAUAGAGUUUGCUUGAUAGAGAAAGUUCUUCCUGCUAUUAGAGCAAAAUGGCCAGCUUCCGAUUCAAAUAAUCCUAUCUUUUUACAACAAGAUAAUGCAAGGCCACAUGUUGGUAACAAUGAUUUGGAAUUUAUUGAAGCUGCCCGACAAGAUGGAUUUGACAUUAGAUUGUGUUUUCAACCAUAG